AGGGGGAAUUUUGUUAGAUGACGGCCAUCAUAAGGGGAGGUAACCCCCAGUUUGUUUAAAGACGAGCUGGUUUUGAGAUGGAAUCCAGAUCAUAUAGAUACACACAAAGGGAAGCCAGAAAACACAAGUCGAAUGGAUGCCAUGCUUCAGUCAGAAUGAAAAAACCGAAGUCAGAAUAUUUGGAAACGAAAACAGAAACUGAAGACAUGCAGCAUAUGUCCUCAGAAAAUAAUGUUGGUUCAUUAUCAGUCUCAAACACAGUUUCACCAAAACAAAAAUUGAAGACCAAAGUAACAGAAAGUGAAAGUCUUCAAACAGCUUUGAAACUGGUAAGAAAGAAAGAGAAGAGAAUCUCUACAAAAAAGAAACCUCAAUCCAAAAAACAAAGCGCUACAAAUAGAAUUACAAACAUUGAUGAAAAACCUUUGAAGAAAGAGGUAAAAAAAUCUAGAAGUAAAAAAGAUGAGCAGAUGACAGAGGUGAAGAAAGAGGUUCAGAAAACAACAAGAAGAACUGAAGAUGUCAAGAAAGAGGGGCAUGUUGUGAAGACAGGGAGGAAAUGUCUCCACUGUCCAAUGUUUGUGGGGGCUCAUGUAUCUGCUCAAGGUGGAGUACACAAAUCUGUCAUGGAAGCAGUUCAGAUUGGUGCCUCAUCCUUUGGCCUGUUCCUGAGAAACCAGCGGCAGUGGAACUCAAAACCGCUCCAAGAGGAUGUGGCCGUCAAGUUUCGAGCUGCAUGCAUGGAACAUGGUUUUCCCCCCAGUAUGAUCUUGCCCCAUGCGUCGUACCUGAUGAAUCUGGGAUCUCCUGACCCUGAUAAGCUACAGAAGAGUCGGGAUCUGCUAGUUGAUGAACUGUGUCGAUGCGAGACACUUGGACUCAUGCUGUAUAAUUUCCAUCCAGGAUCCACUUGUGGUGCAAUAUCUGUUGAAAAAUGUUUGCAUACAAUAGCUGAAAGUAUUAACAUUGGUCAUUCUCAGACAAAGUAUGUCAUUACAGUGCUGGAAAACAUGAGUUGCCAAGGCAACACAAUUGGUGGGACGUUUGAAGAGCUAAGCGGAAUCAUUGAACAAGUGAAGGACAAAUCAAGAGUGGGUGUUUGUCUUGAUACCUGCCAUGCUUUUGCCGCAGGAUUUGAUCUGGCAACUGAAGAAGGAUUUAAGAACUUUGUCAAGAGUUUUGAUGACAUUGUUGGCUCCCAGUACCUGAAGGCUAUGCACAUCAACGAUUCAGUAGGGAUUAGAGGAAGUCACAGAGAUCUACAUGAGAACAUUGGAAAGGGUAAAAUUGGCCUCAAAGGUUUUUCUUAUGUUAUGAAUGAAUCGAUGUUUAAAAACAUUCCCAUGAUUCUGGAGACACCUGGCGGUGUCGGCUAUGAAAAUGAAAUACAGUUACUUCAUUCCUUGUGCAAGCCUCGCGAGUUAACAACAGAUGAAAUGUUGAUAGUCUGAGGGUCUGUGACACUGUGGAGUUUUCAACAUGCAACACACUGAAAUACGUUUCCUUUCAAGAGAUUGGAUUUAGAGGAAAACUAGAUUUAGGUUUACUCACAGGAAGUAGUGGUGUAUCUAUACAAAUAUGACAGACUUUGAAUACACUAUGCUAUGCAAUAUGCCAACAUUAAUUAUUUUUGAAAAAAAUGCUCUUACACUGCAUUUUACAGUUGGUUCUUUUUUGUUGAAAAAAUACACUAGAACUUUUUUUCUUCUUUUUUAUUUUAUUUACGGUAUUCUGAAAGAAUGAAUAUGUAUUAACAUUUACCAGGGAACAUUUUGUUCAGUAUUGGGUUGCGAUUUACUACACAAGUUUCAGAGAUCACUACUCAAUUUUAAAACGUUAAAUAGUAGUUGCUAAUCAAAUUUCAAUCGACUAGAAAUAUCUCUAUUCAAGAUUUAGAAAACAAAAUGUUUCCUGUUUACCCAGUGUUGUUCUCAUCUUUUCGGGGUGUACCAGUGGUACACUGGUAGCAAGAACAUGUAGAUUUGUAGCUAGUCUGAACAUUUAAAUUAAACAGGCUUAUCAGAAUAAGCCAAAAACCAUCAAA